AUGAAUUUGUUUCAGAUGUCGUACGCGGUUGCAGUCACAAGUGCUGCAUCAAUUGUUGCCACUGGCAUGUUGCUCAUUUCCGUUGGAAAUAUUAUCUCGGACUUGAAUAAUUUGCAAUUAGAGAUUACCGAUGGAAUGAAUGAUUUCAAGAUGAAGUCCGAUGAGACAUGGUCUCGCAUCCUCUCCCUUCACGUCAACCCAACUGGCGAGACCGCUGCCCCACCAAACUUCAAGACUCUUUUCGGACGUCACAAGCGUGACAACAGCCAAUGCCACUGCGGACUUCAGUCUCAAGGAUGCCCAGACGGGCCACCAGGAGCUCGUGGACCACAAGGAGCGCCAGGACUUCCAGGAGCUCCAGGAGUUGAUGGAAAGCCAGGAGUCGACGGAAAAUCUCUCACAUAUGUUCACGCCGCAGAGGCUGAUUGCAUUCCAUGCCCAGGAGGAGAGGCUGGACCACCUGGACCAGAUGGAGAGCCAGGAGUCCGAGGACCAAAUGGACCACCAGGACCAAACGGACAUCCAGGACAACCAGGAAGACCAGGACCAGCCGGACCAGCUGGGCCAGAAGGAAAAGACGGACCAGUUGGACCACAUGGACCAGCCGGACCAGCCGGACCACGCGGAACUCGCCACUCCGCCGGAGUACCAGGAAAACCAGGAGAUGUCGGACCAUGCGGACCAGAAGGACCAAAGGGAGCCCCAGGAACUCCAGGAAAGAACGGAGCUCCAGGAGAUCGUGGAUUUGGUGGACAACCAGGAGUUCCAGGAGAGCCAGGAGAGGAUGGUACUCCAGGAGAACCAGGUGCCGAUGGUGCUCCAGGAGACGAUGCCGGAUAUUGCGCAUGCCCAGGAAGAACCAUGUUCGAGGCCUGAAAUGGUCAAAUCCAAUAAACAAUUUAUCAUUCA